AAUACUCACAAGGGUUGGUUGCACGAUAAAUUACGAGUUCUCCUAAAAUCUCGAGUGUUAGGACGAGGGCGUCACCGGAUUUCAAAUAUUCAUACCUUCUGACUUGGAAAACUUGUUUUAUAUUUUUCUUUGCUUCUCAUGUUGACCUUUGUCUGUCAUCAAACAGCAAAAUCUCUAUCCUGCUCCAUUAUUUACUCCACAUUAAAGUUUAAUUCUUCAACUUUUUUUUCAAUAAAACAGUAGUUAGGUGCUCAUUAAAGAUAGCAAUGGGGAUUUGCUGACAAGGGUUUUUCCUCUCCUCAUCUCUUAAAUUGUCACCCUUUUCAAGAAACAUCAUAACUUCUCUACAGACUACAACUACAAGUACCCAAAAACACAUAGUUGCAUGCAGUUUAAUACGCGUCUCUUCUCAACCAACAUCAUCAAAUCUUCUUGUCCCAUAAUUACUGCACUCUGCAGAGCCCAACUGCACAUUUUUUUCAUAAUCUUCUGCAUGCAAAACAUAAGUCUAAUGAGUCAAACACUGGCCUUUUGUUUCCUUCAUCACUUGCUUCUUUAGUUUGCUGUGAAUCUUGGUCUCAGACAAACAUGGCAACAACAUUCUUGUCAAAACAUGUGUUUAGUCAUCCUUUGUUUCUUGUUCUUUGCCUCUUCUUUGUUGCUAGCUCUGUUGUCUGCAAGCAUUCAUCAUCAAAAACUUUAUAUGUUCUUCUUGAAGUGAGACAGUCAUUUGUAGAUGACCCACAGAAUGUACUUAAAGAUUGGUCUGUAAAGAAUCCAAAUUUUUGUACAUGGAGAGGGAUUUCAUGUGGAAGAGACCCUAAAGAUGGCUCACUUCAUGUAAUGAGUUUGAACCUUUCUGAUUCUUCACUCACUGGAUCAAUAUCUCCCUCUCUAGGCCAUUUGAAUGACCUGCUCCACCUUGAUCUUUCUUUAAACCAGCUCUCAGGCCCUAUCCCACCUAAUCUCUCUAACCUUUCUUCUUUACAAACUUUACUACUAUUCUCUAACCAACUCUCAGGGCCCAUACCAACUCAACUUGGAUCACUUUACAGCCUCCAAGUGCUUCGAAUUGGCGAUAACGGGUUGACAGGGGAGAUUCCAAGCUCAUUUGGUGAUCUUGAGAACUUGGUUGUGCUUGCUUUGGCCUCUUGUAGUCUCAAUGGCACAAUUCCUAAAGAAAUUGGGAAACUUGGGUCACUUCAGAAUCUUAUCUUGCAGCAAAAUGAGUUGCAUGGGCCUAUUCCAGGUGAGCUUGGCAACUGUUCUAGUCUUGUUGUGUUCACUGCAGCUGAAAAUUUUCUGAAUGGGUCAAUCCCAGCUGAAUUGAGCAAUCUCAAGAAUCUUGAAAAUUUAAAUCUUGCUAAUAACACUUUGUCUGGUGAAAUUCCAAGUGAGCUUGGGGAAUUGGACCAGCUUGUUUAUCUGAACUUUCUUGGUAAUCAGCUUGAAGGGUCAAUUCCGAAGUCUCUUGGAAAAUUGGGAAAUCUUGUAAAUCUUGAUCUUUCUGGAAACAAGCUGACUGGUGAGAUUCUUGGUGAGUUUGGCAACAUGGGUCAGCUUCUUUUCUUGGUCUUGUCAAGUAACAAUCUCUCUGGGACAAUUCCAAGAAGUAUUUGCUCUAAUACAACUAGUUUAGAGCAUAUGAUGAUCGGUGAAAAUCGCCUUUUUGGCGAAAUCCCAAGGGAGUUGAAAGAUUGCAGGAAGCUUAAACAGCUUGAUUUGUCCAAUAAUACACUAAAUGGAUCAAUCCCAUUGGAACUUUUUGAGCUUGUUGAACUGACUGAUCUUACACUCAACAAUAAUACUCUGGAUGGUUCCAUUUCUCCAUUUAUAGCAAACCUCACCAAUCUUCAGACAUUGGCAUUGUACCAGAAUAAUUUGAAGGGUAAUCUGCCAAGAGAAAUUGGAAUGCUUGGGAAACUCGAGAUUUUGUAUUUGUAUGACAAUCAUUUGUCCGGGGAGAUUCCAGUGGAGAUUGGUAACUGCUCUAGCUUACAAUGGUUUGAUUUGUAUGGAAAUCAUUUCUCUGGGCAAAUCCCUGUGACACUCGGAAGGCUAGAGCAACUGAAGUUUCUUCAUCUCAGAGAGAAUGAUCUUUCGGGCAAAAUUCCAGCCACUUUGGGUAACUGUCAUCAAUUAACAGUUCUUGAUUUAGCAGAUAACAGACUCUCUGGAGGAAUUCCCGAGACUUUCGGAUAUCUUCAAGCCCUGCAACAGUUCAUGCUUUACAACAAUUCCCUUGAAGGUAACCUUCCCAGUGGCCUAACUUAUCUUGCAAACUUGACUAGAGUAAAUCUUUCGAAUAAUAGGCUAAAUGGUAGCAUUGCUGCAUUGUGUAGCUCGCAUUCUUUUCUUUCCUUUGAUGUCACAAACAAUGCAUUUGAUAAUGAAAUUCCGCUUUUACUUGGUAAAUCACUCUCACUUGAAAGGCUGAGGCUAGGGAAAAAUCAUUUUGUCGGGGAAAUUCCUUGGACAUUAGGAGAAAUACAAAAACUUACACUCCUAGAUCUUUCUGCCAAUUCACUCACUGGUUCAAUACCACCCCAGCUUUCUAUGUGCAAAUCACUGACCCAUAUUGAUCUUAAUAACAACCAUCUAUCUGGUCAAAUCCCGUCGUGGCUAGGAAACUUGAGUAACCUGGGAGAAUUGAAGCUCUCUUUCAAUCAGUUCUAUGGCCCUCUUCCACCAGAACUAUUCAAUUGUUCUGAUCUUUUGGUCCUUUCUCUUGAUGGCAAUGCUCUCAAUGGAACAAUCCCUACUGAAAUUGGCAAACUUGGGUCAAUUAAUGUCCUCAAUCUUGACAGCAACAAUUUUUCUGGACCAAUUCCUCCAGCCAUUGGUGGGCUAAGGAAGCUUUAUGAGCUUCGGCUUUCAAGAAACAGCUUCAGUGGUGAAAUACCAUUUGAGCUUGGACAACUCCAAGACCUUCAGAGCAUUCUAGACCUUAGCCACAACAACCUCACAGGCCAAAUACCAUUUUCCUUCGGAAAACUGAUCAAACUUGAAUCACUGGAGUUAUCUGAGAAUAAACUUGCUGGAGGAGUACCACCCCAGCUUAUUGAAAUGAGCAGCUUGACCCGCCUGAAUCUUUCCCACAACAAUCUUCAAGGGAAGCUUGACAAGCGUUAUUCACACUGGCCAGUCGAUUCAUUUGCUGGAAAUACAGGCCUCUGUGGAAGCCCUCUUGAAAAUUGCAAUGAUGUUGAUUCCAACAGUCAGCAAUCAGGCUUGAAGCAAUCAUCAGUAGUUGUCAUUUCAGCAAUAUCAGCAAUUGUAGCCAGUGUCCUAAUGUUAAUAGGAGCUGCCCUCUUCCUUAAACACAAGCGAGAUUCUAUCAGAAGAGCAAAUGACAUCAGUUAUACUUACUCUUCAAGAUCUUCCAAGGCAUCAAGGAGGCCUUUCUUUCAGUACGGGGCUGACAAGGAUCACUUCAGAUGGGAAGCAAUUAUGGAAGCGACAGAUGAUUUGAGUGAUGAGUUCAUAAUUGGGUCAGGCGGAUCAGGAACAGUCUACAAAGCUGAACUGUUAACUGGUGAAACCAUAGCAGUCAAGAAGAUACAGAGAAAGGAUGAUCCUUUGAUGGACAAAAGCUUUGGACGAGAAGUGAAGACACUUGGGAUGAUAAGGCACAGGCAUUUAGUGAAGUUGCUGGGAUACUGCCGCAAUAGAGGAGAAGGGCCAAACUUGCUGAUAUACGAGUUCAUGGAAAACGGAAGUGUGUGGGAUUGGUUGCACAAACAACCACUCAAUGCCAAGAAAAAGAAGUGCCUUGAGUGGGAAACAAGAUUGAGGAUUGCAGUUGGAUUAGCCCAUGGUGUCGAAUAUUUGCAUCAUGAUUGUGCCCCCAAGAUCAUUCACAGGGAUAUAAAAUCCAGCAAUGUGCUGUUAGAUUAUAGCAUGGAAGCACAUUUGGGAGAUUUUGGAUUGGCAAAGACAAUCUCAGACAACGAGUCGAUCACAAUUGAAUCUAACACUUGCUUUGCAGGAUCCUACGGUUAUAUUGCUCCAGAGUAUGCUUAUUCAAUGAAAGCAACAGAGAAAAGCGAUGUUUACAGUAUGGGAAUUGUGCUGAUUGAGCUCGUGAGCGGUCGGAUGCCAACUGAUGGAAGCUUUGGAGAGAAUAUGGACACGGUUAGUUGGCUCGAGUCCCGGAUUAAUGCUCAAGGAUCUGAUCACGAUGAGCUGAUAGACCCAGCUCUGAGACCGCUCUUGCCAAAUGAAGAGAGUUCUGCAUUCCAAGUGCUUGAGAUAGCGAUGGAGUGCACAAAAACUGCACCAACCGAGAGGCCAUCUUCGCGAGAAGUUAGUGAUCUUCUCGUCCAUGUCUACAAUGAUAGGAUGCAUCAAAUGGAAAAGAUGAGUCCAGAUUCAUAUGCAUAGUAACUAAGCUUAGUCUGUUAUGAAAAUUCUCUGAAAUGGAUUGGUAUAUAACCUGAUAUAUUAGUGUUUAUUAUAUAUUUGGACAGAGUUCUGGGGAGUGGGAUCUUGGAUUAGUGCAAGUAAAACGUUCGUAAGAAUUAAGAUUAAUGAAGAGUACAUUGGUUUGCUUUCA